UUACUCGAUUCUGUGAAAAAUAAAGUGUCGUUGCAAAUAACUUCGUUGAUUACAAAAAAAAAAACAAUGUUUAUUGUUCUAUUACUUCUGUCAUAAAAUAACAUUUUUUAAAAAAAUUAUUACUUUUAUAUUUUUUAUUGACGCUACUUAAAAUUUAUGCUUUGUAGAUACUGUCACUUCAAGGCGUGUAUACUGAAUAGAAGUAAGGACAUCAGAAUAAGAGAGUUGUUCCAAAGAAAUGGAUAAAGACAUUGAGACUAUAACAUUCAACGAGACACUUGCAAGGCAAUAAAAAAAUUAUUACUUUGCUUGGCUAAAACUAAAUUUUUAUACCUCGGAUUCCAGUACAUUCUUUUAUUAGAAGUAAAUAGAAAAUAAUUAAAUUGUCAACACUUGUUGGCUGCACGGAUAGCGGAGAAUAGUAAUUCUAAAUGGUAACCAACCCUAUUUUAUAAGGCGUGUGAUUCGAUACUACGUAGCACGGAAAGAACAAAAGUAUUAAUGUAAUAUAAUUAGGCACGAAAGGACGGUUGUACCGAAGCUGAAAAUAAUAAGGUACGCGCGGGUAAUAAGGCCUGUCGGGUAAUAAGGCCUAAGUGACAGAAAUGAUAUUUAAAGCUAAAAUAUUAGCCGAUACCACGUUCCCUGUCGUCUAUAUUUCAUCGUCCGUCAUAUACUGUUGCAGCGUAGAAGAAAUUAUAAAAAGCGAUUUGAGUAAAUGUGUCUUGAUCCUGAUGUCUCCUAAACGAGCGGUGUGGUCAGAAAAAGACCUCAUAUCAGCUGUCAGAGCGGUAGAAAGAGGAACUUUAAUUUCUUAUGAAGCUGCAGAAAGGUACAAAGUUCCACGAAGAAUCAUCAGAAACCACCUCCAGAGUAGUAAUUUAAAAAAAAUCCCUUGGUCGAAAAGCCCUGCUGAGUAGUGAUCAGGAAGGUGAUCUUGUACAAAGAAUAAAUAGAUUCGCUGAAAUAGGACUACCUGUGACACCUCGAAUACUUCGUCGCUUAGUUUUUAAAUUUUGCGAGCAGAACAACAUCAAAACAAAUUUUAAUAAGAAUUUUAGGCUUGCUGGUAAAGACUGGUUAAAGGCGUUUAUGAAAAGAAACCCUGAAAUUUCAAAAAGAAGAGCUCAAUUUAUGAAUCCAGCUAGAGCACAAAAAUUAAAAAAAUUCAUCGUUGAUGAUUACUUUUCAAGGAUAAAAACGAUCUAUGAUAAACUGGAUUUAAACGAUUAUCCUGAAAAAAUUUAUAAUAUGGAUGAAAAAGGUUGUCGUUUAACAGUUCAUCAUCAACAAACUGUUGUCGCCAAGAAAGGGGCUAAAAGAGUACAUUUACAGUCUUCAGAGCAUGCAGAAAAUGUAACUAUUGCGGGAUGUGUAAAUGCCCUUGGUAAUGCUAUACCACCAAUGAUCAUUUUUAAAGGCAAACGUUUAAAGCCAGAGUUGUAUGACAAUUUACCUCCGGGUUCCUUAGUCUAAAAUCAGCAAAAGGAUAUAUGACUAAUGAACUUUUCAAAGAGUUUUUGAAACAUCUUGCGAAGUUCAAAACUGCAGGUGAGUGUCUUUUAAUAUUCGAUGGAGCAGCUUGUCAUUUAGAUUUGUCGAUUGUCGAUCUAACUGAAUCACUCGGCAUAUAUCUGUACUGCUUACCAUCAAACACUACUCAUGAACUUCAACCUCUUGAUAAAGCAGUUUAUCGUUCAUUUGAACCCCACUGGGAUGCCGUAGUUUUAUUAUUCUUGGAACAGAACCGAGAUAAAAAACUCACUAAAUCACGAUUCAAUAUCAUUUUAUCAAAAGUUUGGUCCAAAUGCAUGACUCAAAGUAAUAUAACGAGCGGCUUUAAAGCAACUGGUUUGUAUCCUUUUAAUCCCAAUGCUAUUCCAGAAACCGCGUUUGGUCCAUCUGCUGUGACAGAAGUACCAGCAAGUCUUACACUUGAUAUUGUGGAUAAAGACAGUUUACAAUCUUCUAAUUGUUCAACGCUUCAGGCACUUGAUAUUGUCAACAAAGAAAAUUUACAACCUUCUAACUCUGCAGGACUCCUUGCGAUUGAUACUGCUCAUGAAGAAAAUUUGCAACUUCUUGGCUCUCCCAAGCCAACAAACCAGAAAUCUAGUAAAUCACCAAAUGAAGUUACCUUGGUAUCAAAAUCAAAAAAAAUAAUUGAGCAGCUCUCAACUGAACCCACUCGAAGCACUGCUGCGGUCCUCAGUAAUCCCAGUUUAGACAAUGGUGAAGUUAGUAAUGCAUCAGAACCUCAGUUCAAAGAAACUUCAUUCUAUGAGCUCAUGCCCUCACCCCUUAAACGUAUGGAUACAACUCAAAGAAUAAGAAAAAAAGCUAUUAAUUAUUGAGGGACUCAAGUUACAAAAGAUCUGUUCGAAAAAGCCGAUGAUAGAACGAAGAAAAUUUCAGACUCGAAGAAGAGGAAAACAAAACCUGUGAAGAAAUAUAAUUUUAGAGAGAAAAAGAGCUGGUAUUGUCAUGGAUGUGAAGAAAAUGAGAUAGCUGAUAUGAGGCAAUGCAUUAAAUGCAGCAAGUGGUAUCACGAGGCGUGCGUCGGCUUAACAGUAGAUGAUACUGAUAGUUUUAAGUGCUGUUGAGCAAAGAAAUCUAGUCUUCAGACUCGAAAAUAGUAUUGAUGCUACAUUUAAGUUAUGAUUAAUCCCUUACACCAAUUUUAUUAAGAAUAGUUUAACUAUUCCAGUAUGUUUAACCCGUAGGCCUUAUUACCCUACCGCAGUAAAAUGAGGCCUAUUGGUAUGGUUUUUUUAAAUACCCGAUGAAAAAAGAUUUUGUACAAUUGUAUAGAAUUAUUUAUCAAUUAUAUAUGGACUAUAUAUAAUUAUAUAUAGACUAUAUAUAAUUGGAUAGA